GGAGGCAGACGGUAUUGUCCAACUACAGAACAGCGCGGUCAUUUAAAAAAUAAUCUACACGUACUGAGUAGACAUAGGUUUAAAUGUAGUCUUAAAGUCAUACAUUUCGAUACUACUGAGUGGCUUUCGUUAGCUAGCUGGCUAGCAGUGCUAAGUUGGCUAACACGGCUUGUCCAGCCCUUUUGCUUGACUUGUUCGCCUUAGCUCGCACUUCGCCUGGGAUAACCUACAAAUUCAGUAAAGUAGAGGCCGCUAUCUUAAGAAUUUCGACUCUUAAUAGCAGAAUGCCGCUUUGUAAGUGAAAAACACAGUGUCAAAGUAACAGAGAACACACUAUUUAAAAAGUGCCAUUACCUGCCAUCUUGAGUCUCGGCUCGGCUCUGCGGGCUGCCGUCCCGUGUGGGCUGUCACCACCGCACAGCUGUCACUCAAACAAGGCAGCAAACUACUUCCUGAAAAUACUUCCUGAUGCCGGUAAUCACCGGUUAGUUAUCUUUAAAACAACAAGCUGAAAACUGUAACUGUUUCCCACCUUGGGCACAAACUCGACAUAACUGAGCGUAAAUACAGCCUGUGUCGGCUUUGUGUAUCUCCAAACAAAAAAAAGAGCCGACCGGUCACGUGAUCACAAGCCGUAGUUCAAGAUGGAGACUAAACGGUUUGCUGGCUUCACUGUUAGCUAGCUAGCUGUUUACAAUAACCACAAUAUGGCAAAUACGACGGAAAACUGGACGUUUUAACGCUAAUAGCAAGAGUUGUUAUCUAACCUGGGACGUGCAUUUCGCAGCUUUUGACCACGAUGAAGUAAAGUUAUUUGUAAACAUAGACCACCAGAAGAAUAUUCAAGAUAAGAGGUAACUUAUACAGCCAGAGGAGGAAAACUGUCAAUGGUCAUCUUCACAAACUCAUUUUAAGAGAGAGGAGAUCGAUAUGGCGCUGAGGGAGUUAAAAGUUUGUCUCCUGGGGGACACUGGCGUUGGAAAGUCGAGUAUUGUUUGGAGAUUUGUGGAGGACAGCUUUGACCCAAACAUCAACCCAACAAUUGGAGCAUCCUUCAUGACCAAGACAGUGCAAUACCAAAACGAGCUGCACAAGUUCCUGAUCUGGGACACGGCAGGACAGGAGCGGUUUCGUGCUCUAGCGCCGAUGUACUACAGAGGUUCAGCUGCGGCCAUCAUUGUUUAUGACAUCACGAAAGAGGAAUCCUUCCAAACACUGAAGAACUGGGUGAAGGAGCUGCGCCAGCAUGGUCCUCCUAAUAUAGUGGUCGCCAUCGCUGGCAACAAAUGUGACUUGUCAGAUGCCAGGGAAGUGCCAGAGAAGGAUGCCAAGGACUAUGCUGACUCCAUCCAUGCCAUCUUUGUAGAAACCAGUGCCAAGAAUGCCAUUAACAUCAACGAGGUGUUUAUAGAGAUAAGUAAGCGCAUCCCCAUUGCAGACGCAGCAGGAGGUACUUCGGGAAAAGGUUUUAAACUGGGACGGCAGGCCUCGGAGUCUCGCAGGACGUGCUGCUGAUGAUGCCGGUGACUGACCCCACAUGACAUGUGACCUGACCUUUGCUUACCCUCUGUGUCCCCGGCCUGCUUCAGCUUACAGCCACCACACGCCGUCAUAAAACCCUGCUAUCUCUGAAACCAUGGGCCAUAGCAAAUGCAUUUUUACAACAACAGUAAAUCUUCAUAUAUUGUCUUAAAAUUGCCGGAGAAACAUUGUUAUGCCUGCGUUAAUACAUCGAUGUGUAAAUGAAAGAUCCCCAUAUAUAUAUAUAUAUAUAUAACAUAAACCAUUAUGGACAUCAACCACUGCUUAUUUAAGCACUAGGUUGAUCAGAGAAACUUUAUAGCUGCAGAUUCAUGGAUUCAGAAAUCAUUUUUACUUUGUAAAUUUGUUCUAAUCCACUAUCUUUUGACCAAAAUAUGGGCUAAAAAUGGUUCAGUUUCACCAAAUUAUUUUGAUAGUACUUAAGUUACUGCUUUUUGGAGGGGAAGGUCUCUCCCAAAUCAUUCUCAACUUUGUGAAGGAUCCAUCUAUACAGUUGUGUGUGUAAUCACUAAUUUAUCAUAAUGCUUUGAUGAAAGAGGUUGUGGUAAUCAGCAGUACCUAUCUCUCAUCAGCUUUUGGAAGGAUAUUUAGAGAAAUGAUGGUGAUUCACAGUCAAGCAUGAAGGACUGGGAACACUAAAUUGAAGUUUUAUUGUGUGAUUGCUGUUUUCAUCAAGAGGUUUUUCAAGGCAAAAUUCCAAGUGGGUGUUUUGAUGUAAAUUGCACUGUUAAAAAUACAGGAAUGAAAGGUGUGUAGAUUCCUUUACAUUAAAGGAGUAGUUUGACAUUUUGUGAAAUACGCUUAUUUGUGCCCUAACCUAUGGUGAGAUGAGAGUAUCAACACCAAAUAUCAUGUCUUGAUUUGGUAAAUAUGAAGCCGGAGCCGGUAACCAGUUCAUGUACUUAGCAUAAAGACUGGAAAUGUGGAAACAACUAGCCUGGCUCUGUCCAAAGUUUACAAAAUCUACCUGGCAGUACCUCUCAAGCUCACUAAUUAACACAAUGUAUCUCAUUUGCUAAGCUAACCGGCUGCUGACUGUUGCCUUAUAUUUAAUGGACACAUAUGAGACUGGUAUUUCCCAAAAAUGAACUAUUCCUUCAAUUUUAAACUAAUGUUCUCUUUGGCUGCUCCACACUUCCGCUUGUAAUCAUUGAGAUGGUAUCAAGUGAAUCCUGAAUAUGAAGUUCCCCAUAGUGCACACAGUACACUCACAAUAUCACUUUAGCUUUAUUUUUCUCUAAUCUUAUUAUAACUGUUCACUGGCUAGCCUGUCGGUCUAUGGUCAGUCCUCAAUCCUUUGCUGCUACUUUACAACAGUUUUACAGGGGAGGCUGAUACUUGUGAGGUCUUGCCAAAUUCAUUAAGUGUUCCAUAAACAUUUUUCAUUCCCCCAUAAUCAGCAGGGGUUCUCACAUGCAAUGUUGUUGUUUUACGGCUUGGCACUGUGACAGUGAGAUCUGGAAACUGGACAUCGUUUAGAGGAUACUGAGAUUGUAGAGCUUAAAUUUCCCCUUAGCAAAACGUCAUAGGUGCCGAAUUAGAUGUGGCACUGUGUCGACAUGCUGACCCCUUAAUGAACCUUAGUCUCCAUUCUGCUUUGAAUUAGUGUAUGUGCUUUGUUCCAGGGUCUGCCUUUUGAGUUGACUUUCUCCCACCUUUUGCCUCAUUCCUCUAAAUUCCAGGCACUUAACGAAAGUCCAGCUUUCAUUUUCAGUCAAACAAAUAUGGUACACCGUACAACGGCUUUCACAGAGCUCUACAUCACUUCUUAUGUUCAUGAAAACCAUUAAUACUCUGUGAUCCCUCUGCUAUGUUACAGUAGUUUAAUUUACCUCUUAUACUGGCCAAAUUGAACUUCAGUAGCAGUUGACUCAUGAGUCCCCACAGACUUAUUAAUUAUGUGUAAUUCCAUGCUUGUCUGUAUCUUUUGAGUCCUUUUAGGCCCAAAACCUCUUAACAAAGUUGCCAAAAAAUACAGAUGUGGGCUCAAUUAGACUCCAUUUCCACAUUUAUAAAUUUUGAUUGUGUGCUUUUCUGUCAGCGCACACCACUUUAUUUGCCUUCAAGCAUCUUAAAUGUAUGUGUUAUUGAUGAGUUGUGUGCUAAGCAGCAGUGCCUAUUUUUUCAGGAUGUUUCAAUGGAGUGCAAUAGUAGUUACUAUGACAAAGGUAAAAUGUGACCUAAUCCAAGAAAUUGGUUACAGAGUGAUUCACACUCAUGUGACAAUGUGAUCUCAUUCUCUGCAGUCUCAAACAGAUUAUGAUGACAGGUUUAGAUUGACCUCAGUUUUGCUCAGACUUGAUCAAAUGAGCAGUGUGAAGAGGCCAACCAAACCUGUAGAAAACCAUAGUGGCUUUCGCUAUUGACUUUGAUCAUUUGCCCUGCACUACAUCAUAAUGCUCUCUAAAUAGCUUCAGCAAUUAUAUCAGAAAGGGAAGCACUCUGGUACUUUGAAAGCUGCACUUUGACUGUUUGUAUUAAUUGACCCCUAUUACUAACUCUCAGUCUGCAGUCUGUCUUAUUAUCUCAAAUCACUCGAUGAAACAUUCUUGUGAUGGUUUCAGAUUCCUUUAUGUCCCUUGAUGUUACUUUAGGUUUUGACUGUUUGCUCAGUUCUUAUUGCUAUGCCAAAUAAUGUCAAACCAUUUUACUACACCAUGCAUAGUUAACCUUUUUUUAAUUGUUAAUGUAAUAUAAUAUAAUGAUUUAAAGUGUUAAUCACAUAAAUGUGUAAAAAAGAUUUGAAGUUUGAUAAUAACUCACAUGUUUUUCCCUUAUUUGGAAACAGGAGGCAUGGAAAGAUAUUGUAUGCCAGUUUUUUUCAUUGAAAAAUAUUAAUAGUCUUGGGCUGGCCCUGGGAAUGUGAUUAAUCUAUAUGUAUAUUUUUCAGUGUAGAUAUAUACCAUCCAAUUGUACACAAAUCAGUGACUAUAUUCUAUUCUAAGCCAGUUGUAGACUCGUACACCAUUUGCAGUAAUUCCAUCAGCAUUGUAGUUACCAUAUUUAGCUUUUUACUGUUUCAUAUUGAUUGUAACAAAAUGCCUGACAACACUUGUUUGCAGUGUAUUUCUAAAUGUGUAAAAAGGGAAUUGUCAAUUUGUUUACUAAUAAAAGAUUGACAAAAAUAUA